AUGCGCUCGGGGCUCCUGUGCCGGACCGGUUCUCUGGAACUUAACAUUCAAUCCUGUUCUGGAGUCAGACUGGCCACACAACACACCUCUGUUGUGGCAUACGCCGAUGACGCUGCUCUGCUGGUCAAAGGCCGUACGCGGAAGGAGCUGGAGAGUAACAGCACUACUACAUGUUCCAUCUUUGACAAUGCAUGCUCUGCCUUAAAGCUCAAAAUCUCUACAGAAAAGACCACAGCCCUCUUUAUUCCAAAAGCAGGCACCAACCCAUCGAGACGCCCCUGCAUCAAACUACAGGGGAAAAACAUUAAAUUUGUCAAGACAUUGAAGUAUCUGGGCCUCACCUGGGACUCUGGCCUCACCUGGCUCCCACAUGUACAAGAGCUGAGGAAUAAAACCUCAAUUAUUGCAAGAAAAGCACGCACAUUCCAGGGGAAGAAUUGGGGGCAAAGUCACCAUAUUCAAAAGCUACUCUACCAUACUGUAGCUGAAAAAAUAGCUACUUAUGCUGCUGCCACAUGGGCCCAGCCAAUGAGCGUCCGGAAAAUCAAGCUGCUAACAAGCCUACAAAGACCAUUUGCCCUCAAUCUCACCCGUGCCUAUCGGACCACCGCCACCAGCUCAGCGACUGUACUUGCAGGACUGAUUCCACUACACAUCAUAGUGGAAAUGGAGGCAGUCUACACAAAAGUAAUAUACUUGCGAAAGGACGCCUCACUUUCCAACACAACAUAUUGCCCCAUACAGUAUGAAACUCUUGGCCAUCCCCUACACACUCAUCCGGCUGUCAAAGGUAAAGGUGUCAAGAUAGACCUUUCACGUCAUUCGAAUGCCAAUGAAACCCAAGUUCCCACGCAAGGUUCCCACUUCUACUCGGAUGGGUCCAAGCAGGAGGACGGCGUAGGUUGUGCCUAUGUCUACUACCAGGACGGACAUCGACAAAAUGGUCGACAAGAAUGGAAGGGUCGCCUACAACUACAGAACAGCGUUUUCCAGGCUGAGGUUCUUGCUAUCACGGCAGCAACUCAACACAUCAUCCAUCAAGACAUCACGCAUGCAACCCUCCACACGAACAGCUUCUCAACACUGCAGGCACUACUAAACCAUCAGCACACUUCACCUCUAAUUAUCUCACUACAGCAUCUUCUACAACGGCAUGCACACAUUAACUUGCUACUGAAAUGGAUAAAGGCCCACGCGGACAACGAGGGCAAUGAGGCUGCGGAUCGCUUAGCCAAGCAAGCGGUCACAGACUCAGACGCCCAAUUCAACAGCCUUCCAGCACCACCCUCACAUCUGAAAAGUAUUCUAAGAAAACAGUGUCUUCAGCUAUGGCAGAGAGAGUGGAACCUCAGCCCCACAGGAAGACGCACCUUUGACUUUAUACCCAAAGUCAGCACAGAAAGGCACUUCGCCAUUGCACCCCUUACACAAUUCAUAACAGGUCAUGGCCCAUUUCCCAGCUACUUCUUCCAACGCAACAUAUCUCUAACUGACCAAUGCGUCUGCGGAGGUCACGGCACCCCGGAUCACUACCUCUAUGAAUGUGAAUUGACAACUGCUCAUCAUCUCCCCAGCCAAACCUCCAAUAGAGAAGCUUUUAAUAGAUUUAUUAUUACACAUAAGCCUGCAAUAUCCAAAAUUUGUCAAAUUGUCAGCAUCACUAGGGCGAUGGGUCAGGACAUCUGCUCUCUCCUCACUGAAUCCGCCAAUCGCCUCUCAGUUCGUCAUUAA